AUGAAUCGCCUUCCGAUUGAAUUGCUACAGCAAAUAUGCCUCUAUCUCGAGGCCCCUGAAUACUGCCCACCCCAAGACCUGUCAUCCUUCAGUCAGGUCAACCGUCUCUUCUACCAGGUGGCGGUCCCUAUCCUGUACCGGAACAUUACGCUGAUAUGCGAUGCAUCCCAAGGUCUGGAGGCUGCAUUGUCGAAAGUGACAGAACCCCCCAGGGCGAGUCAUUUCACGAGAUUUGCCAGGAGACUGUCCAUUGUGUGUAUUGGUUUGUCGCCAGAGCCUGACACCGGACAAACACAGCCAUGGAAGCUAGAGCCAUGGGCACUCAACAUGGUAACCGACCCACAUCCGGCGGCGAGAAAAGGGUUCUUGGAGCAUGAUAUGAGCUCUUGCUACUCAACGUACGGCAGAGGCUUGCGUCUAAAUCGCCUAAUAAGAAUUGAAAAAACUCCAAACUGGGCACCGGUCGUGUCGCUUAUCGCGAGCUUGAACCGUCUUGAUCAAUUCGACUUGGUCACGGCAGACGACUUCUCAGCGGAGUUGACGGAUGCCUUUUGGCGCUACCACCCCAAUUGCAGACUCAAUCUUCUCAGCAACCAAAAAGUGGGACCUAGUCCGUUCUUUCGAAAUGCUGCAUCGGUGUCUAAAAGUGUCAACAGAUUGAGUGAAUUCAGGAUGGACACUCUUCAGCUGCCGGGCCUUCACACUCUGACAACGAGGAUUUCCAUUAACUACAUGCAGUCGGUUGAACACCAGCAACUUUGGGAGAUGAUACCUUUCUUGUUCAUUAGCCCGGGGCUAAAGCACCUUUGUUUGAAUCCCACCGAUGGCGUUCAUCAAUAUCGAGUGGAUCUGCUGAAAGGGACAUGGCAAAACUUGGUUGACAAAGUCAAACCCAAGGCAGUAUCUCAGUUGGAAUCAAUCACAAUUCCCAACAUCCGGCCUGAAGCAAUUACGCUUUCCAAAUUAGCUGCUGCAGGAGAUCUUUCUCAACUUCGCUCACUCGACAUUGGUUGGGUCCGUGAACCGGAGAAACUUGUCAACGUUGCCAAUUUGUUGCCAAAUCUAAAGAGGCUUUUCCUUGAUAUCGAUCAAAGGGCCCGAGAUCCUGUGAUCCUCAAGCUUGACAACGCUGAUUCAGUAGCUGGGAUACUUGCAUUUCACCCCUUGGAAUAUCUUUACAUCAGAGGCCUUCGCGAUGUUGAAACCUUGGACAGAAUCAUCCAGCGUCAUGGAUCAUCAUUGAAGGGACUUGCUCUAGCUCCUCCCGAGGUCUGCCUGUUUCCCAGACUCAAUCCUUCCAAGCUACUCGAAAUGGUGAAUCUUUGUCCGAACCUGGAAGAGUUACGCCUUCAAAUAAAGAGGUCAGCGGGCAACCAAACAGAGUGUGAGAUGUACAAAGCGCUGGGUACAUUCCCCAAUCUCCAAAGACUAUUUCUAGAUUUGGAUUUUGAUGCUCGACCAAGGGCACCGAGAAUGGGAACCAGUUCCGAAAUAGACGAUGAUCUUGAUCUCCGACAAACGUUCAUCAAUGCAGCCAUGGACGAGACCCUGGCUCUCCAGAUUUGGAGCAUGAUCAAAGACAAGAGCCCGCGUUUGAAAGAAGUUCGCAUUUUGCCAUACGGAUACAAGAGCUUGAACCAAGAGGAGGGUUACUUGCUCAAAUGCUUUGCGCGAUCAUAUCUGCUUACAGGUUAUAAUGUUGAUAACCCCGGAGUGCCCGUCGUGGAGCGGAUUGCGAAAAGAGCACGAGAGAUCCAACGCAUCCAACGAGCAAUGGAGAUUCAACAAGCAAAUCAUUACGGUUUGCCUGAACCACCUCCUGAUGACGACAUUCCUCUUUCUGGUAGAGUGGUGUCCAUCCUUCAGAGUAUCUGGCCCCAGGUGCUUGAGCAGACUUUCAGAAGCGAGUGGUGGGAUUGUUGGACCAGCCUACCCUUACAACCGGAUACCUAG